AUGGCAGGGGAGUUGAUCUUCAUUACCGGUGCAUCGGGGUUUGUCGGUAGUGCGACCGCCGGGGAUGCAUUAAAGGGUGGAUAUCGAUUACGAGUCUGUCUUCGAAGAUCCAAUCAUGUGGAAUCUGACAUUGUUCCUGAAUUGACACAUGCGGCACUUGCAGGGAAGCUUGAUGGGGUUGACUACGUCCUGUAUGUUGCCGCACCCGUUCCCCAUGGCACAGACAAAGAGGUUUAUUUUAUUCCGGCUGUGACUAUCACCAUAGCGGUGCUUGAAGAGGCCGCUAGUGUUUCUAGCGAUAAUGAAGGGAAUCUUGACGUGGACGAGGCUGCAGACUUCACUAUCUCCGAGAGUUCCGCUGCAACAGUCUCGAAGCUUUAUCAUGCUUCCAAGUUGCUCGCUAAUAAAGCGACAUGGGAUUUUUGGGAAUAUUAA